CUUGGUCGAACUCUACAACCGUUGGUCAAUGUUUCCCUCACUAGUUAUUACACGGAUUUUGAUAUAGUAAGCUAACUUUUGGUGCUGGCUUUAACAGGUAACGUUAAUAUUUUUUAUUACGCAGCCAUGGAGGAAGUGACAGGAGCUCAGCUGAUUGCCGAGGCUCUUAAAACUCAGAAUGUGGAGUUUAUGUUUGGGAUUGUUGGUGUUCCUAUCAUCGAGGUGGCCAUGGCCGCUCAAGCUGCAGGGAUCAAGUAUGUAGGCAUGCGCAACGAGCAAGCGGCCUGCUAUGCAGCAUCUGCCGUUGGAUACCUCACCGGACGGCCAGGUGCCUGCCUGGUGGUGUCCGGCCCCGGACUCAUCCAUGCACUUGGUGGGAUGGCCAAUGCUAACAUGAAUUGCUGGCCAGUGGUUGUCAUCGGAGGUUCCUCAGAUCAAAACCAAGAAACAGCAGGGGCCUUUCAGGAGUUUCCUCAGGUUGAAGCAUGUCGCCUGUAUAGCAAGUUCUCUGCUAGACCCGGCAGUCUGGAAGCCAUCCCCUCGGUGGUAGAAAAGGCAGUUCGCACGAGUAUGUACGGGCGUCCAGGUGCCUGUUAUGUGGACAUCUCAGGAGACAUGGUCAACGCUAAAGUGAACAGGAGCAACGUCAGAGUUGUGUCCUGCUGUCCACCUCCUCCUGUGAGUUUAGCUGACAACACAGCAAUCACAGAAGCCAUUUCUGUCCUGAAAGGAGCUAAAAGACCCCUAGUCAUCAUUGGCAAAGGAGCAGCGUAUGGCCGAGCAGAGAGCGCUCUGAGGGCGCUGGUGGAGGUGAGUGGCCUGCCUUUCAUACCUACACCCAUGGGGAAAGGAGUGCUGCCUGAUAACCACCCCAACUGUGUGGCUGCUGCUCGCUCAAGAGCUCUGCUCCAAGCUGAUGUUGUGUUGCUGCUUGGAGCCAGGUUGAACUGGAUCCUGCACUUUGGGCUCCCGCCUAGAUUUGACCCUCAUGUCAAGGUCAUCCAGGUUGACCUUUGUGCUGAGGAAAUGGGGAACAAUGUGAGGCCGGCUGUUGCUCUCCUUGGUGACGUCAAUGCUGUUGUCACACAGCUCCUGGAAUCCGUCCGUAAAGAUGGCUGGAAAUAUCCCUUCAACACAGAGUGGUGGAGCGCACUGAAGGAGAAGAUUGCUGCCAAUGCAAAAAUAUCAAAGGCACUCGCCCUUCAGUCCGCAGUGCCCAUGAACUACUACACAGUGUUCCACCACAUCUCCCAGCUGCUGCCAGGAGACUGUGUCAUCGUCAGUGAGGGAGCCAACACUAUGGACAUUGGACGCACUAUGCUGAACAACUCCCUACCUCGACACAGGCUAGAUGCCGGCACGUUUGGAACAAUGGGAGUAGGGCUCGGCUUUGCCAUCGCAGCGGCAUCUGUGGAGAAGAGCCAGAAUACAGGCCGAAGGGUCGUGUGUGUGGAGGGGGACAGCGCCUUUGGCUUUUCUGGAAUGGAGGUUGAGACCAUGUGCAGGUAUAAUCUACCUGUGAUCAUCAUUGUUGUCAAUAACAAUGGGAUAUACAGUGGCGUAGAUCCUGAGACAUGGAAAGAAAUGGCAAAGAUGGGAGAUCUGACCACUAUAGCCCCACCUGUGACCCUUCUACCUGAGGCCCGCUAUGACGAGGUCAUGACGGCUUUUGGUGGACGUGGGUUCCUGGUGAGGACGGUGGAAGAGCUGCGCAGUGCCUUGAAGCUCAGUUUGAGUGACUGGGAGAGGCCCAGUCUCCUGAACGUGCUCAUCGACCCUGCCUCUGACAGAAAACAACAGGAGUUCCCCUGGCUAACACGCUCCAACCUAUAGACCCGAAGGCUCAAAGAGAAAGAAGAGCUGCCUCCGUUUUCACAGCAGUGACAGUUCUCAUGAAACUCCAAACUGAAGAAUAUAAUUCUGUUUUUUUUUAUGAUUGUUUCCAUGAAAUGUUCUAAUUCAUUUUUACUACACAGUAGUAUACAAUUUACUAAAUAAUACUACGAUUAAAAUUGCUUACAAACGA